AUGAACGAUAUACCGCUGCAUACGGAGCAUGUUCUCUUCGCUGACGACACUGCUCUAUGGACAUCAUCCAACACCCUGACCAGUCUUUCACAAAGACUACAACAGCCCAUAGAUGCAUUCGAAAGUUGGUGCAAAUCAUGGAAACUGAAGCUAAAACCAACAAAGACCGAGAUGAUCCCCUUUAGACUUCACACAAGAAAGAAAUACAAACAUCCAGUAGAAACCAAAGUCGAAAAUACUACUAUCAAACCUCUGGAUGCAACCCGAUACGUGGACGUAAUUAUCGACAAGCAACUGAAGUGGAGAAAUCAUCUUCAACAUCUCGAAUCGAAAAUGACUCGACGCAUUAGUCUUCUACGAUACUUAGCCAAAUCAGCGCAAGAACCUAACCAAAAGACGAUGAUAAACAUCUUCAAAGCGAUUGCAAGACCAGUGAUGGCAUAUGUAUAUCCAGCUUUACUAACAGCAAACGACAAAGUAUGGGAUCGGCUGAGUUCGUGGGUGUAA